AUGGCUCAGCGCGCAAAUCCCAAACACAAGUGGAUCCUUUGCCUUGAUGACGACGUGCUGCUCCAUCCCACCACACUGAAUGACUUAGUCGCCGCUGCUGAGGCAGAUCCCACGAGCUUCAUGGUGACAGGGUACCCCUUUGACGUGCCAGAGGCAGGAGCCAGCCUGCUGACCUACUGCUGCCUGGUAUACCAUCUGCCGCUGGUCAUUGCAUUCUCUGUGCGCCAGCGCACCAGCUUUGUGUGGGGCGGCUGCAUGCUGCUCCCCCUGGCUGACCUGCGCUCAGACGCCAAUGGCAUCAUGCACUCCUGGAGUCAGGGUGGGUACUCAGAUGACCUCACAGUAGCAUCGGUGUGCAGCGAGCGUGGUCUUCAAAUACUGUGCCCUUCCUUUGCCAUCUUUCCCCAGUGGUGA